UGGUGAGAGUUUUGGGGAGUUGCUGGACAGCCAUUGCAGUGUCGUGGCUCAGUAACAAAAUACGAAAAAGAGGAGAGGAGGACCUGGCAUUUCGCAGGCUCUUUUUGGGGGGUGGACCGGCAGACAAAUUUACAUGAUUAGAAAAUCAACACUCGGUAAAUUACUCUACACCUAAAAACGGGAUUUAACAGCUCCAGAUAUGGCGUUCAUCAUAGACUGGAUUUAUAGCGGGUUCAAUAGUGUACUACAGAUGUUAGGUCUGUACAGGAAAUCUGGCAAGUUAGUAUUUCUUGGCCUCGACAACGCCGGAAAAACGACGCUACUGCACAUGCUCAAAGACGACAGACUGGGACAGCAUGUGCCAACCUUGCACCCGACCUCAGAAGAGCUGACCAUUGCCGGCAUGACCUUCACCACCUUCGACCUUGGAGGCCAUCAACAAGCCCGCAGAGUGUGGAAGAACUACCUGCCGGCCAUCAACGGUAUCGUCUUCCUGGUGGAUUGUGCAGACCUCGCCAGAUUGAUCGAAUCAAAGGCAGAACUUGACGCGCUGAUGACGGACGAGACCAUCGGAAACGUGCCCAUCCUGAUCCUGGGCAACAAGAUCGACAGACCAGAGGCCAUCAGCGAGGAGAAGCUGAGGGAGGUCUUUGGGCUGUACGGACAGACCACAGGGAAGGGAACCAUCGCCAUGAAGGAGCUGAACACAAGACCUCUGGAGGUGUUCAUGUGCAGCGUGCUGAAGAGGCAGGGCUACGGAGAGGGCUUCCGCUGGCUCUCCCAGUACAUCGACUAGACCACCAUCAGGGGGCCGGGGGCGCUAAUCCCAGACCCUCAAGACCACCACCAGGACCAACACUCAGCCCCCGCUCUUGGUUAGAACAAGAGAGACCAGUACAACCGGAUCCCAAUAGACUUUUAUUGGUCGAACAUUUGGUUCCCGCACUUACAGAAUUCCUACCAGUUUACACACACACACACACACACGCACGUUUUCAUCUCUGUGUGUUCUUCUCACAUCACAUUGGUUCCACAGAGAAAGGAUCCCCCCCCCUCUCUCUCAAGCUCUCACCUGUUGGGUGUGAUGGUAGAUGCAUUAUAACUGUAAAUCUGUACAUGUAUCCAUUGGCAUAUCGAUUGCCCCCCCCCGUCCUCCCCCCGCUCGUCCACUCACAAUGAGAGAGCAUCAUAGUUGUAUUCAUUGCGGUACACUUUUUAACAGUAAAGACAUUCAUUCAACCUAGUAUUUACAUAGUCCUCUUGUUUCCUUUACAUGAUAUUUUGGUAAAUAUUAACAACAAACAGCCCCCACCGUAGUGGUGUGGCUCCGUCACCCAGUUAUUGGAAAUGGACCAGUGCAUCUCUUCGCUUAUCAGAAGUUACUUAAAGACUUAGAACGCUUUAGUUCCAGACUUCUCUAAAAGAGCUGCAUGGAGGGAUGGGGGGGGGGUAGUAUAGUGUUUUUUAAUAAAUAAGGCGUGUCGUAAAAACCCCGGGAGGAGUUGGGUGAAAUCCUGUAGAUUGCUCUUCGGUUGUUGGAUGAAAGAAGACUGAAGUAACCAUGGCGACGGAGGGAGGCGGGGUUUGGACCUUUUUGACUGGAUUAAAUCUAGUGACCAGGUGUAGAUAACGGAGGAUGCAGAAAUGCCUCCCAGAAAGGUACCGUGUGUGUGUGUGUGUGUGUGUGUGUGUGUGUGUGUGUACAAACAUGUACACGCACACACAUUAAAAGUACAUAAACAGCGUACAUGGAUUUUGUAUUUAGAGCUGGUAUCCUUUGAUCUAUGUGCAUUACCAGAAACUAUUAUGCAUGCCUUGUUCUUUUGAUUUUUUUAAUGAUCAUUAUUCCGGAGAGUACCUCAUGAGGGGGGUUGUGGGGGGGGGAUGCCAAACUGGGAAUAAGCAGAUUGUCAUGUUUUUUUUUUUUUUAACAAUCAAUGACAUUUUGCGUAAUAUUUUUGUUUUGUUUCUGUCCCUUUUGUGUGUCCUUGGUUCCCCUCGUGAGGAGGGCGGGACGCUGUUUGCAUCAUAAAAAUGUAAUAAAUGUUUUCAAUGAAUAACGGGCUUUAA